AUGCUUGAAGCCCCUUAUAUAUUGGACGAUUAUUACUUGAACUUGCUGGACUGGGGUGCCAACAAUAUUGUAGCAAUUGCUCUUUCGGAGUCAGUGUACUUGUGGAAUGCCUCCAAUGGCUCUGCUACAGAACUGGUGACCUUCAAUGACGAGGAGGGUCCUGUCACGAGCAUGAGCUGGGCUCUUGAUGGUCAGAAUAUUGCCAUUGGCUUACAAAAUUCUCAUGUCCAGCUAUGGGAUUUUGUUGCUCAAAGACAGCUGAGAACUUCUAGAGGAGGCCAUCGACUCCGAGUUGGUUCCUUGGCCUGGAAUAGUCACAUACUCACGACAGGAGGCAUGGACUGUAAUAUCACCAACAAUGAUCUCGCUAGCGGAGGAAGGGAUAAUCUCCUCUACUUGUGGGAUAGGUCCAGAUCCUCUUUGAAUUUAGGCACUCAGUGGCUUCACAGGAUCGAAGACCACACAGCUGCUGUGAAAGCCCUUGCUUGGUGCCUGUUUCAGAGCAACCUACUGGCCUCGGGAGGGAGCAAUAGGAGCAUAAAAUUUUGGAACACGUGCAUGGGCGCGUGUCUGAAUUCAGUGGACACCAGUUCUCAAGUGUGUGCGCUGCUGUGGAGCAUGAGGGAGAGGGAAUUGCCAAGCUCUCACGGGGCUUACUGA